ACUGUGUGCAGUUUAAUCCUCAGAGGACUCCAGCAUGAUGAAGCAGCUUCCUCUUCUUCCUCUUCUUCUUCUCUUCAGUCUCCUGACUGGAAACUCGUCUGCCUGCACAAACGCUGUCAGCAAAGUGAUCUCCACAGAAGGGACAGAUGUUAUUUUACCCUGCUCCCCCAGCACCAGAGAAAACCUCCUAAAGAAACUGUUUGACUGGAAGAAGGUCGGUCAGGGAGGAGAAACUCUGCACGAAGUCUUCAUGUACGAUUCUGGUGUUCAAUAUGAUGGUCAUUCAGGUCAGAGUGAGCAGUUUACAGGACGAGUCUCACAUUUUCAAAAUGAACUGAAGCACGGAAACGCCUCCAUCAUCAUCAGGAAGACGAAGGUGAUAGACAGUGGAAGUUACACCUGCUAUUUUCCACGUCUACAGCCUCGUGAAGAAUUCUGCAUUGAGCUCAUUGUUGGUGCAUCACCAAAGCCAACUAUUAGAACACUUGAUCAAACAAACUCCUGGGCACGGCUGCAGUGUGAAGUUCAUGGAGCUCAUCCAGAACCUAAAGUGGAGUGGAGGGACAGUUCUGGAAACAUCCUUCCUGCUGAGGAGCCUCAGGUUUUAAAGAACGGAGAAAGCUACGACGUCACUGUUAACGUCACUGUGACUAAAACAGACCGCUAUCGCUGUGUAGCUACACAGGAGGAGAUCUACCAUCAGAUUUCUGCUGAAAACCUUCUGCAUAUCAGUGGUACAGCUACAGAGCCGUCUGUCCUCAUUCUUUAUCAAACAAAGGACUGGUCUCUGUUAGGGUGUUUAGUUCUUGGAGCUUUCCCUAAACCUCUCCUCCAGUGGACGGACAGUUCUGGAAACAUGGUCCCUGCUGCAGAGCCUCAGGUCUCAGAGAGAGGAGGCAGCUACGACGUGAUCCUCCAGACUACUGUGAAAGAAUAA